AUGUAUCUCAAAUCCUCAGACCAUCUGCCUCCCCAUCUCGCUCUUCUACAGCUUUGGCCUCAUCAUCCGCCUGGCCGUAACCACAGUACAUGCAGCAUCUUCGGCCUCGUCAAGCAAGACUACGCAGACAACGCAGACGUCUUCCUCCUCGGCCGCAGCAACACCUCCUUCGAUCUCUUUGCUGUAUUAGCAAACAUCCACGCUAUAGACAUCAUCGGAUUCCGCGAUGCAACAGCUGGGCAAGCUCCUCUUUCAUACUUCUUUGCAGCUGGCCCCCCCACCAUCAUCACGGACAAAACACCACUCCUCCCCGAUCCCCCAUUCCUCCUCCACCCUCGAUCCCUCAGCGCCGCCUACAGAGUCCCUCUCCCAGCAGUACUCAAAUACCCCAGCAGCAAGUCCGAGAAUAACGACGGCACAUGCAAACACGUCCUCGUCAUUGCCAUCACCUACCCCAUUCUCACUGGACCCUCCCCAAGAUUCCAUUCCGCAGACUGGAAGGCCGCGCAGUCCCUCCUCGCUCGCACAAACACUAUCAUUUCCUUCACUUGCAACGAGGUCUCCAUCAAAAGACCCGGCGAGCCAAGCAACGCCAGUGCCGGUCUUGAUCCCUGCAUCAUCAUCGGCUCAGUUAUUCGCAUCAGGAAACACGAAAAUACGGAGCCCCGAUACUAUUUGUCGGCUUCUUUGGGAGCAAUUUUCAAGAAAAAGGCUUUUGUUCAAUACAAUGGCAAGGACGGGAAAACUAUGUAUGUGUUUCUCUUCAACAUAUAUGGUAAUAUGGUGUCUCUUGGCGCUACAGCGUCACCAUUCCCAUCCAAAGUCACCAAAAAAGUGGAAGGCAAGAUGAAGUUUGCAAUCGGUUCGGUCAUCGCGAUGAUGGCCACCACGGCAGACAAACGUCGCCGCAACUCGCCACCGCCAGGUCCUGACAGAUGCUUUUUCUGCUUAUGGAAUCCCAACAUCUCAUCACACAUGUGUGUAGCAUCGGAGUUGAGUAGAGCCUUUGUAUUCAGCCCCAGAUCCAGAGCCAUCGACUUGGCUUUUCUCGUCGACGGCAGCAACAACAAUAGCAGAGCCAACAACACCAACAAUAUGGACUUGCCAGCAUUUGACGAUCGCCUUCGAAACGGCACCCCCGCUCAAGUUUCCGGCGGACUCUGGCUUCUCAGGAGCGGUAGAAUCUUACGACCCAUCCUGCUCUCUGCUGCAGCAAGAGGUUCCACGCCCGUCAACUGA